AUGCAGAAAUCAAGGUCUUAUCAGACUGAUUCUUCAAGAUUGGCAUUUGAUUCAAGGUUAGAGCUAAUAGAAGAAGCCAAGUUGCUAGGAAUGAUUUUGAUAAGUCGCCUGAUGUGCUGCCAGCUUCUUAUCAAUUUAGCAAAAAUUUUGCAAAUGUCCAUUCAAUGAAAACUGAAAAAAUUGAUCCAAGCUCGAGCUGAGAAGACUCUUUUUUUUAUCCUUUAG